CUGGCCGAGCGCCGCGCCUGGGUUCCGACUUCCCCUCAGGCCGAGCCGGGCGGCAUCGCGCGCUCCCCGCCCAGCCCGCAGAGCCCGCGCCGCGGCCGUCCCGCCGCGCUCGCAGAGGCCGCCAUGGGCCCCGCGCGCUGGCUGGCUCUGGGUAGCCUCCUCGCCCUGGCCCGGCUGCUGGAAGGCCGGCUCGUGGGCGAGGACGAAGGUGGCUUUGGCGAAUGUGACAAGUUCUUCUACGCCGCGACCCCGCCCGCGGGGCUGUCGGCCGAGUCCCACGUGAAGAUCUGUCAGCGCGCGGAGGGCGCCGAGCGCUUCGCCACCCUGUACAGCACCCGCGACCGCAUCCCCGUGUACUCGGCGUUCCGCGCCGCGCGCCCCGCGCAGGGCAGCGCCGAGCCGCGCUGGCUGGUGGAGCCGCAGAUUGAUGACCCCAACAGCAACCUUGAAGAGGUGAUUAAUGAGGCUGAGGCCAUCACCUCUUUGAAAAAUCUGGGAGGCAAGCAAGCCUUGAAUACGGAUUACCUUGACUCUGAUUACCAAAGAGGACAGCUCUAUCCAUUCUCCCUGAGCAGUGAUGGACAGAUGGCCACAUUCACUCUCACAAAUUCAGUUCCCAUGACCCAGUCCUUCCAGGAACGGUGGUACAUGAAUCUCAACAGCCUGAUGGACCAGGCAUUGGCCCCGCAGUGUGGCAAUGGGGAAGACUUAUUUAUCAUCACGGGCGCGGUGCCCUCCAACCACAAAGUUAAAGACAGAGUGACAGUCCCUGAGUUUGUUUGGCUGGCAGCCUGUUGUGCUGUCCCUGGAGGAGGCUGGGCCAUGGGUUUUGUCAAGCACACCCAGGAUGGUGGCAUCAUAGAAGACGUGAUGGUGAAAGAUCUUGAGAAACUUCUUCCAUUUAACCCUCAGCUUUUCCAGAACAACUGUGGUGAAAGUGAGCAAGACACAGAGAAAAUGAAGAAAAUCCUGGAAAUGGUAAAUCAAGUGCAGGAUGAAGAGCGAAUGGUGCAGUCUCAAGGGAACUCUGUUCCUCUCUCCAGCACGAGGAGCAAGAGGUCUGCUCUGUUGCCUCCAGAGGCAUCUGAAGGAAGGAGUAGCUUUUUAGGAAAGCUCAUGGGCUUCAUUGCUACCCCAUUCAUCAAGCUUUUCCAGUUAAUUUAUUACCUGGUGGUAGCAAUCCUGAAGAACAUUUUCUAUUUCCUGUGGUAUGUUACCAAGCAGGUGAUGAAUGGCAUAGAAAGUUGCCUGUACCGCCUGGGCUCAGCCACCGUCUCAUACUUUGUGGCCAUUGGAGAAGAGUUGGUAAGCAUACCCUGGAAGGUGCUCAAGGUCAUGGCCAAAAUCAUCAGGGCUGUUCUCCGGAUCCUUUGUUGUCUGCUGAAGGCUGUUUGCCGUGUUCUGGGCAUCCCUGUCCGGGUCCUUGUGGAUGUGGCCAGUUUCCCUGUGUACACAAUGGGUGCAAUUCCAGUUGUGUGCAAGGACAUCGCCAUGGGCCUUGGUGGCACUGUCUCCCUGCUGUUUGAUACUGCUUUUGGCACCAUGGGUGGCCUUUUCCAGGCCAUUUUUAGUGUCUUCAAGAGAAUUGGCUACAAGGUUACUUUUGACAAUUCUGGAGAGUUAUAGAACUCAAAAAACUCAUAGUGUCCAGUCACAGUGAAUUUGAUUUUUUUAAAUAGUGAAAGCUGGAAUAUUUUUUCUUUGAUGGGUUUCUCUUACUGUCAGUAAUCAUUAUGUGUUAGCUUUUGGUGGGGAUGUCUGCUUGGUUUGCAAAGGAAGAAGACCUCAGAGAAAUGCUUGGGGUGGGAUUAGGCAUAGAAACCUGCUGCGGACCUCCAGUUACAUGUGCAAGUUUCCAAGCCACUAAUAACUUCAUUUAUGCACUUAUACAGAUGAUAAGCUUAAAUGAUCUGGUGUUCAUUUUUCAUAAAUUAAAUUAAAAUUUAAUUUUAAUUUGAUUAUUUUAAAAUAUUAAAAAUUUCAGAGAAGAGAAGAAUUAGAAAAAGGACAAUUUUAAACCAGAGGGUAUCUGAGAAAAAGAGAAUCUUGUGGCCCCCAUUACUCUUUGAGACUUCAAGCGAACAGAUAUAAAUAUCCUUGGCCAACUUCUUAGCAAUUGCAUUUUUUUUCUUCCCAAUUCAUCUGACCUUGGGGAAGUGCAGACGAUGCUUCUCUGUGGACAGAACAGUGUAGUCUUGUAUACCUCUUAGUUUUCCAUGGUUCCAAAGGAACUGUAAGGUUUUGUUUUUCUCAAGAGUUGAAUUCUACCACAUUUUCUUUUGAGUAAUGAUAACCAUUUUUUCGCAAAAUUGGCAUAACAAAGUUUGAAUGUAAGGGCAAAAAUUGUUGCCCCUUGAAUUGUGUCAUAUGGUCUCCUCAGGUGUAAAGAGGACGCAAGGUGAGAACCCUGCUCUUAGUAGAUUCAAGGGUUUCCUUAGCCAAGCUUGGAUUAACUUAACAUAUAUUAAAUCUCUGGCUGAUAAGAAUGAACUCAAAGAUCUACAUGUUAAGUAAGCUAUUAGGAAAAUUCAUAUUCUACAACAUACUAGAUCUUUCUAAUGUAUCAAGUAAGUACUCAAUACAGUAAAACACUGACUUCUGUCCAUAAAUGAUUGCUUUGCUAUAGCUCUAUAGGAAAAAGCCACAAAAUAAAAAAUCAUUUUGGUCAUCUUGGGAUAUAUAUAUAUAUGUGUAUAUAUAUAUAUGCAUAUGUAUAUAUAUAUAUAAAGAGUAAUUAUUGCUUAGGAAAUUUUUUACAGUAUGUUUGAGGCUGGAAUGCAAGUCAAAACCGAGAGCUCAUUCUCAGUUUUUCGGUCAAGCACUUGUAAUUUUAAAUCAUGGAUUAAAAUUGUAACAAGAGGAACCAAGCUUUGCUGUGUCUUCCACAGCUAAGAUGGAAUCAUCUGGAUUUAUCUGAGUGUCUUGUGAGAGUAGAAAUGACCAAGUGUGAAAUCCUGAUCUUGAGGGCACAGCCUAUGAUUCAUCAGAAAGUCUGAUACAAAAAUCCGUGGUGCAGAAAGAGAAAUCAGGGAACAGCAAGACAACCAUCUGUAUGGGAUUUGUGGAUGAGAAAUGUGAUUGUAUCAAGGGUAGCAUUUUUUCCCAGAAAAUGGUUGAAUUGCACCAAGAAUAAAACAGCAGCCACCAAGUUGCUGUCCUGAUCAAUUUAUGAUUCAAGUUUAUAAGUGUGAACACCAGACCAGUCCAGGACACAGAGAGAUGCACUAGAUUUUCCUAAGAACCUUAGAGGAGUAUUUAACAAUACUUCUAUUUCUGAGCAUAAAAAUUUGUAGUGAGAUUUCCUUUCACUUCAGCAGUGUGAAGGUAGAUGGAAGGGUGAGAGACGGCUUUGGAAUUGUUGGGUCAAUAAUCCUGCUGAAAGAAACGGAAUCUUGGAAGUAACCAGAGAGAUCAUCUGGCCAAAUUUUUAUUUGAUAAGAAAACUAAGACACAGGGAGGCAAUUGGCUUGCCCUUGGUUUCAUGACCAGCAAUGAGCAGAUCAGGGGCCAAGGUUGUUUGAAUAUGUUCUAUCACAUAUGGAAUGUCAGGUCCAUGGAGUGUGUGGUAUUCAGCCUCCUCCUUGGGACAUGGCGCGGUUUUCAUAUCCGUCCAGGCCCUGACUAAUCAUUUGGCUUGUGUGCUGAAAAUGAUUAUCCCAUCCAUGUACAACAUCAUGCUCACUGCAUCCCAUCGAAAUUAUCUCCUCUCUAGUAGGCAGCUUCACACUAAAAGGCCCCAAGAGGGCACCCAUGGCAGCUUGAGUCUCAGCACCGUGCAAGGAACAGGACAUCUAAACUGCUUCUUGAGAACUAUUUGGAAAUGUCUUCUUUUUCAUGUCAAGUUAUUUAGUGUCUAUUUAUUUAUUCUUGCAUGUAUUUAAAUGUGGAAAGUGACGAUAAAACAGCAACAAUAAAAUAACCUUAAUGUAAGGUGCUUGAGAUUGUCUACUCUGGGCCAAUAAUGUUGGCUAUAUUGGGCCUGAAGGCUUAGCAAGUGGCUGAACUCCUGGCCUCUUCCCAAGGAGUUACUUUGGGCUUUAAUGGUGGGAGUCUGGGUUAAUGAACAACCAUUCUGGCUUGAAGAUAUUAUGUGUCUCUGUUAUGUUCUCAGACCCUUGGGGCAGCCAGCCAACUCUUUCUUGUUAUGGAGCUAAUUUUGUAGUCUGUGAAUCAGCCAUGCAUCUAGACACUCCUCCUUUCCGUUGUGCCUUUUGAAUGUUGACUUCCUGGUCAACAUCAGCACUUCUACCUAAAUGCAGAUUAGGGAGUUGGGAGAAUAAUCAAAGUGAAGCACUCUUCAUCCAAUUAUUCAUUCAGCUAGCAAACAUGUAUUCAUCAGGGUUACAGAGAUGUGCAAUUGCAUAGAUUCCAUCUUUGAAGAGCUCAAAAUCUGGUGGAGAGAUCAGGUGGUGUAACUGAUACUUGUAAUCUUUCAUGGUAAGUGCUAUGAUAAAGAUAGUAGCAGCAUGCACCCUGGAGCACAGGAGGAAGAACCACAACCCUGUGGAAGUGAGGGAAGCCUUUACAAAGGGUGUGACUAAAAUGCUUUUGAUGUUUUGAACCAUGUACAAUGCUGUGCACCUUGUUGAUACUCAAUAAAGUAAUUCUUGACCAUUUA